AUGCGAGAAGAGUUCGUCAUCAACUUGACCCUGAACAUUGGCCAACUUGGUCUCCAAGCUGACACCGGCACAGGUAUUGGGGCAUUUUCUGGGUUGACGGGGUUCAUCGCUGUGGCGACAGCGCUUGGAGUUACGGUGGAGAAUGCUCGGGAUGCCGUCCAAGUACUUACCAAUACUAGGGAGAGAUGGCUUCUCGUCCUAGACAAUGCUGACGAUCCAGAGACCGACUACCAGACACUUCUUCCAUCUGGGAAGGACGGCACCGUCAUUAUCACUUCUCGCAUGACAGACUGUCAGCGCUACAGCACGAUCGGAGCAGUGACUGUGGGCUGCCUCACUACAGAGGAGCUUACCGAACUGCUUCUGAAGGCAUCAGGGACUUAUCCAAGUCGAUCUUCAUCCUCUUCUCAAGACGCAACACGCGUUAUCAGCAUCUUGGAGUCACACACUCUUGCAAUCAUCCAGGCUGGUGCAUUCAUCGCCGCAGGGCAUUGCAAACUGGUCGAAUUUGUUAAGCGUUUCCAACAGCAUCCUCAGCAAAUACUCCGAUAUCGACCACGGCAAGCAAUAUCUCGAUACGGGGACAUUUACGCUACAUUCGAAGCCUCCAUUGCUAUUUUGGAGAAAGGUGAACGCGGAACAGAUGCUUCACAUUUACUGGACGUGCUUUCGAUGCUGCAUUUCAGUCCUGUUCCCAUUAAGAUAUUCGAAGAUGCAUGGAACGGUGCGGUCCAACUGCAGAUGAGUCAAACACAGAAAUUGCAGCUAGGGUCGACAUACCUGACUGGGUGGCAGACUCAGACACUGCCGUUACCUGAAUUUGUCGGUCCACCAGGAUACAAAGAAUGA